AUGGGCACCAGAGGUCUCAGUAUGCAGGGUCCUCCAGGACCACCAGGACCCCAAGGCUCACCAGGCCCUAAAGGACCUGAAGGUGUCACUGGACCACCAGGUCCUCCUGGGGAUGACUGUAAAAUUCCAUAUCCAGGACUUCGUGGAGAUCUUGGUUCUAAGGGCCCAGAUGGAGACCCAGGGUGCCCUGGAGAAAGAGGUGAUCCAGGUCCAAACCCUCCCAUCUGUGGAGACAUUGGGGACAAUGGUGAUCCAGGAUGCCAGGGGCCUAAAGGGCCUAAAGGACCAGAUGGGUGUCAGGGCCCACCAGGAUGCCCUGGAGACCCGGGUCCACAAGGUACAAGAGGGGAUUACGGUUAUCUGGGAGAAACUGGUACUCAAGGUUCAAAGGGUGAUCCGGGCCUCCGUGGGGCAAAAGGACCAAAGGGAUCAGAUGGACCGUGUGGUCCAAAGGGGGAGAAAGGACGAGUACUCCCAUGUGGCCCUUACUCAUCACCAAUAAAUGGCCUCAAAGGACAACCUGGACCCUAUGGUCCACCUGGAGAAAAGGGCCCGAGUGGAGAAACUGGUCCAACUGGACAGAAAGGUUUAAAAGGGAAUCAUGGGGAACGUGGACCAAUCGGUUCUGAGGGACCUGAUGGUGAAAAGGGAGCCAAAGGAGAAGCUGGUUUGAUGGGGGAGACAGGGAUGGACGGAGAUCAAGGUGAACCAGGUAUGACCGGUGACCAGGGUUAUGACGGAAAGACUGAGAACCUGAACCUGGGAUUUUUGUUAGUGAUCCACAGCCAGUCAGUCCAUGUCCCCACGUGCCCCCCAGACACGAGCCGUCUGUGGGAUGGAUACAGUCUGCUGUACCUGGAGGGUCAAGAACGGGCUCAUCCUCAGGACUUGGGUCAGGCGGGUUCGUGCAUGCCGGUGUUUUCCACCAUGCCAUUCUUCGUCUGCGGUGUUCGAGGCUGCAGGUACGCCUCCCGCAACGAUAAAUCCUACUGGUUAUCAACAAAGGACAAGGCUCCAAAAAGACCCUUUGACGGAACCUCCAUCAGAAACCACAUCAGCCGCUGUGUGGUGUGUGAAGCGCCCACCUCAGCUGUGGCGUUGCACGACCCCAACUCCAAAGAGCCACCGGAGUGCCCCGAGAACUGGAAGGGCUUAUGGCGUGGAAACUCCUUCCUAAUGUAUACAGGUGGAGGCGAUGAGGGUGGCGGUCACUCCCUGACGUCUCCAGGAAGCUGCCUGCCCGAGUUCAGAGCUCACCUGUUCAUGGAGUGUCAGGGCGCUCGAGGAACCUGCCACUUCUUCUCCAACAUCUACAGCUUCUGGCUGACCACGCUCGAUUCCAGUUUCAGAACAGACCCAGGAUCAGAUUCAACCCAAAGACUUCACCGUUCCACGCUGACCUUCUUUCAGUCAGGUACUGGCAUCAGAUCGUCUUUUCGUGUUGGUGAGAUGAACGUUCUGAUCUGGCAACCAUCAACCCAGCAGAUGGACACGUUGCCACCAACGACCUUUGACCUUUUCGUUCACAACAAACGAAGCGGGAACCUCCCCGCCAACAAAGUGAAGUCUCAGCCGACCGACCAGAAGCACCUUCAAAACUAG